AUGGCGUUCAAGUACUCAACAGGACAGCUCUCCAGGAGCUUGUCUAAGGCGACGACUUCAGCGCGCAAUGGCGCCGCACCUCUAGCUUUGGCUCUGCCGAAGCAAUCAGCACCUCAAUUGAGGUCUAUGGCGACCGUUCCGCCCGUUACACAAAACUCCGCCGGUUCCAAGGGUCCGACGGCCAUGGUAUUCCUGAACAUGGGUGGCCCUUCAACGACAGACGAAGUGGGCGACUUCCUGAGCAGACUCUUCGCAGAUGGAGACUUGAUUCCUCUCGGACGCUACCAGAACUACCUCGGCCCCUUCAUCUCGAAGCGACGAACUCCCAAGAUCCAGAAGCAGUACGCAGAAAUCGGUGGGGGUUCCCCCAUCCGCAAAUGGUCCGAGUACCAGAGCGCAGAGAUGUGCAAGAUCCUCGACCAGAUCUCUCCCGAGACCGCACCGCACAAGCCUUACGUUGCGUUCCGUUACGCCGAUCCCCUGACCGAGGAGAUGUACAACAAGCUGCUGGAUGAUGGUUUCGGAAACGGAAAGGGCGGGAGAGCUGUAGCCUUCACACAAUACCCGCAAUACUCGUGUUCGACGACGGGAAGCAGCAUGAAUGAGCUGUGGAAGUGGCGGCAAAGGUUGGAGGGCAAGUCAGCCACGGACGCGACGCCGGGCGACGGCACGAUCUCUUGGAGUGUUAUUGACAGGUGGCCGGUACAUCCGGGCCUGGUGGAGGCUUUUGCGCAAAACAUCGAGGCCAAGCUCCUGGAGUACCCCGAGGAGAGGCGGAAGGACGUCGUCUUGCUGUUCUCAGCACACAGCUUGCCCAUGUCUGUGGUGAACAGAGGAGACCCGUACCCGGCCGAGGUUGCUGCUACUGUCUACGCUGUCAUGCAGCGCCUCAAGUUCUCCAACCCCUACCGCCUUUGCUGGCAAUCGCAAGUCGGCCCGUCCGCAUGGCUCGGCCCCCAGACUUCUGAUUCGGUCGAGAACUACAUCCACAAGGGCCAGAAGGACUUGGUCCUGAUCCCUAUUGCGUUCACCUCCGAUCACAUUGAGACUCUGUAUGAGCUCGACCUGGAGGUUAUCGGAGAUUCAGGAAGCCCCGAGACUGUGAAGCGCGUUGAGAGUUUGAAUGGCAGCCCUGUCUUCAUCAAGGCUCUGGCUGAUAUCGCCAAGGCUCACCUUGACAGCGGCAUUUCCUGCUCACCACAGAUGGAGCUUCGCUGCCCCGGGUGCAAGAGCGAACGUUGUGCUGAGUCAAAGAAGUUCUUUGCGGGUCAACAGACGAAGCUGUUUGGAGCUCAGGAGAAGGUACUGGCGCAAUAG